CCAAUAAAGGAGACACCAUGAGCUGCUGCUGCGGUGCUUCCUCGCUUUCCCCUGCACAGCACAGAGCAUGGGCCUGAAGCAUAGAGCUCGGCGGGAGGAGACCGAGAUGGCGGCGGUGGCGGGGCCGUGCUGUGGGCUGCACAGAGGAAACGAGACGUACACACACACACACACACACACAGUGCAUGGGGGAGGGGACGGCGGCUCUCGCCUCAUACUCCCGGCGGGAGAGCUCUGCCAGUCUCACUGCACGACUGCCCCCCGCUGCCGGUCAUGUGACCUUAACGUAACCGGACAGGAAAGCACCGACGGGUUUUGUCCCCCCCUGUAUCACUCCCUCCUCUCGGAGAGGAAGAGAAGGAGGUGGCAGCAGCAGUAGCAGUCACGGAGCACGGACGGGCUCCUGGUGUUCCCGGCAUACGUGACGCGGAGGCUCCAUAGAAAAAAGAUGGAUUUGGCCAACCAUGGCCUUAUACUCUUGCAACAAUUAAAUGCCCAGAGAGAAUUUGGGUUCCUGUGUGACUGCACAGUUGCCAUUGGAGAUGUCUACUUUAAGGCACACAAGUCCGUUCUUGCAUCAUUCUCCAACUAUUUCAAAAUGCUAUUUGUGCACCAGACAAGUGAAUGUGUUCGCUUGAAAUCAACAGACAUCCAGCCUGACAUCUUUAGCUAUCUCUUACAUCUGAUGUACACUGGAAAGAUGGCACCUCAACUCAUCGAUCCUGUGCGCCUCGAGCAAGGAAUAAAGUUUUUGCAUGCCUUUCCUUUAAUCCAAGAGGCCAGCCUUGCAAGUCAUGGUGGGUUUUCUCACCCAGAUCAGGUUUUCCCACUUGCCUCUUCUCUUUAUGGGAUUCAGAUAGCAGAUCAUCAGAUAAGGCCGCCACCAAAAGUCACCCCAGCAGCGGAGAAGGCCAGUCGUGAACCUCGAUCACAAUCCUCCAGGUUAAAUCAGGAUACAGCAUCAGAUAAUGUGCAGUUAACUCCACUCCCACCUUCACUGCCUGCAGCAAACAGGACAAAUUUAACUUUUUCUGAACCUGUACAUGCUCCUUUGUCUCCUGAGCCAACUUCUUCUGUUCUUCCUGCAGCAUCGUUGGAGGAAAAUAGCAUGGAAGAGUCGCCAAAUGAGGAGCAGAACACAUCCCUGACAAUAGCUCAUGUCAAGCCAAGCAUCAUGAAGAGGAAUGGAAGUUUCCCCAAAUACUACGCUUGCCACUUGUGUGGUCGUCGCUUUAACUUGAGGAGUAGCCUGCGUGAACACCUCCAACUUCACACUGGGAUGCCGUUCAGCACCCCAACUGGGCAGGCAGAAACCAGUAUUUCCCCUUCCUUCUGUAACAAUGGAUCAGAGAUGGGAAAAGAAUCCAUGGAGACAACUGAAACUGGCAUAAUCAGUGACAGUGAUAUGCCACAGAUCUCAGACUCGCCAAUAAUAGAUGGGCAGCAGCAAGCCGAGACACCGCCACCUACAGAUAUUGCAGACAUAGAUAAUUUGGAGCAGGCUGAUCAGGAAAGAGAAGUGAAACGUAGGAAGUACGAGUGCACUAUCUGUGGGCGUAAGUUUAUCCAGAAAAGCCAUUGGAGGGAGCACAUGUACAUCCACACAGGCAAGCCAUUCAAGUGCAGCACCUGCGACAAGAGCUUCUGCAGGGCAAACCAGGCUGCUAGGCAUGUGUGUCUAAAGAGCUCUGAUACCUACACAGUAGUGGAUAAGCAGACUCUGGAGCUGUGUUCGUUUGAUGAAGGCAGCCAAAUGGACAACAUGCUAGUUCAAACAAAUAAACGUUACAAGUGCAACCUCUGCGACAAAACAUUCUCUACGCCCAAUGAGGUGGUCAAACAUACGUGCCAAGGCCAAAACUCAGACGUCUUUGCUCUUGAAGAUGAAGGGAAGUCCAUCCUGCUGAGUAGUGGGGACUCUGAAUCUGCAGAAAAUGAAAACUCCAUGCUAACAACCAUUAAAAAAGAGCAAGAAUCGGCUCUAGAUUAAUUUUGAUAACUACUUAUAUCCUUCUUAAUUUCCUACUACGUACUAUUUGUUUUUUGUUUGUUUUUUUCUUAUAGAAAAUCUAAUUUCGUUUUCUUCCGUCCUUUUUAACUUUCUUCUGCAGUGUUGGUUUGGGAUAUAAUGCAAAACCCUGAGGACUUGUUUGGCAAACAAGACAAAAAUCCCUUUAUCUGGGGUUCUGUUAUUCAUAUAUCGGUUUCUUCUUUUUUUUUUUUUUUUUUUUUUAUGUUGGACCUAACUAAACUGGAACAUUAAAAUGGCCUCCAUAAUGUCAGUAGAACUACUGAAGUUUAGAUGAAAUGCAUUUUGUAGAUGAGAAAUGUUUAAAAUGUAUUUGUGCAUAUUUGGGAAACAAGUAUUUUGGGUAAGAGAAAUUUAAAUAAAUAUAAUGCAUACAUGUUUAAUAUAUCAUGUUUGGUUUUCCUCACGUUGCAUGUCCUUGAUUAUAUGAUGCAGGGCAUUGACUGACAUGUAUAUCAAAGGAUAAUCAAGGGUCAUGUGAUAAACAUUUUAUAUAUCUUCUGAGGUUUUUUGUUUUUUUCUUAUUUCACUACUUUUAUAGGAUUACCUGCAGUUUAGCACUGUUUGGUACUUUUUCAUUUGGCUUACAUUUUCUUCUUUGUCACACUUUCAUUUACGUACCAUAGAAAACAAACUCUUAUUCUGUUUAUGUAUCUAUUAAGCAGGAAUAAAUAGCAAGAUGGACUACAUUUACAGCCUACUUGAAUUGAUAGUGGUAUAACUUUGUUCAGUGUAGGUGUUUGAAACUUGUUGGAGAAAAAUAUGAAACUCCGUGGGCAUUGCUUGGUCAAGGGUAUUAGUAGUAAAAUAAGCCACCAAAUGGGGAGAUUUAUAAAAACUUGGACAGAAUGUACAAACCAAUCAGCUCCUAACUGUCCUAUUUUAAACACAGCCUGUUACAUGACAGGAACUGCUGGGUUGGUACUUUAACUCUCUCCUAGGGGUCAAUUCUAUUCAGCGACAGUUGAAUAGCGCCGGGAGUUAGCUCCCGGGACUAUUCAAUACAGCGCCAAGUGACACCAAUUGUCGGGAAUUCUUCUCUCACCCCCGGGGGAUGAGAGAAGAAAACCGACAAAAGUGCUGCCGUGCGGCCGGCGUGAGGCAGAUUCUGUCGGGAAUCAGCAUUGCGUGGAGAGUUAAGUCUGAGAAUGCCCGUUCUCCAGACAAUUCAACCUGUUAAGUCGGCGAGAACGGGCCUUCGCCGACUUAACAUGAGCUGAAUUGAAUAGCGACGGGAGCUAACUCCCGGCACUAUUCAACUGUCGCUGAAUAGAAUUGACCCCCUAGUCUUGAUAAAUCUCCCCCUUAAUCCCCAAUAAGAAGGAUCUGUCCUGCCAUUGAAUAACCAACAUAAGAGUGCAUGCUUUUAAAAAAUGUAAUUUAUGUUGAUUUUUUUUUUUUCUAAACACACUUUUGGAAAUUAAAAGGUCUUUGGUUUUUUUUGUUUUGGUUUUUUUUGGGGGGGGUUGUGAUUUUUUUUUUUUUUUUACAUUUUAAUUUCUUUUUUGCAGUUCAGUGAAAGGCUGCAUGCAUAUUAUACAUUUUUUCCCAUCCUUUCAAAUUCUACAUUAAAAUAAACCUAGCAACCUCCUGUGCCUUACUGCUUACAGAGGUGAUAAUCCCCAAGGCUGACUAACGAAAGAAUUUAACUCGCACCUGAAUGGAGAUGGUUUUAGCCCAUAUCUUAACUGUGACUAGCAGGAAUAUAUGUUCCUCUUCCUAAACUAUUCACCUUACGUACCAUUUAUAGCACAAAGAUGUGCGCUUUUAUAUACCGGUAUGUUCAAGUAUAUGAUACUUAUGUGCUUUGUAAUAGCUGAAAUAAAACAUUUCCUUUACACACAGUGUUCAUCAAGCAA